UUAUGUUGACCCGAAUGUCAUACAUAACCACAACUGUUUGACAUCAACAAUUAAAAAAAUAUUUCUUUAAAAAUUGUUUUCCUCGAUUCAGUGCACUCGAAAAGAUUAAAUGAACAAUUCCUAGAAUGACUGUAGAAGAUAUGCCCCAAGAAACCUCUACAGACGAAGCUGCCUCCACCGAGGAGGCAGAACUGAACGAAAUCAAGUCCUACGUAAAAGAUGCUGAGGAACGAUUAAAAUCGAAACAAGAACUGCGUACUACGAACCAAAAUGCCCCCCAGAACAGGCCCAGUGAGUCCCACUUUAGUAAAUUAGACUCUAGCCUAAAGAAAAACACGGCUUUUGUAAAAAAAAUCAAAAACUUCUCCUCCGCCCAAGUGGACUCUUAUAUAAAAGACAUGGCCGGCUUAAACCUCUCGAAAUAUAUAUCAGAAGUGGCCGCCGCCCUGGUAGAAUGUAAAUUAAAAAUGACCGAUGUCCCUGUGGCUGUUAAACUGUGCAGUAUCUUGCAUCAGACUUAUGCAGACUUUUCACAGCAUUUAUUUGAAAAUUGGCAAAAAGUCUUGACUAUUAAAGGCAGUGAAAAGGUGCUGAAUCCCAGUAAAUUGAGGGUGGAUUUAAGGUUUUAUGCGGAACUGCUGCAGUCAGGAGUGUUUUCCAAUAAAAAUGCUUUUGGGCUAUUGGGUUCAGUGCUCAUGACUCUGAUAAACAUGGACAAAGAGGAGCAUGUGAAUGUCUCAAUUAUAUUAAGCUUCAGCAAACAUUGCGGAGAUGAGUUUGCUGGUUUAAUACCAAGGAAAAUUAGACAACUUUCCUGUAAAUUUAAUAUAUCAGUGCCAAAAAGCAACUUUUUACCCCCCGAGAAACAACAGAAUGUCAGGGGGCUUUUAAAGGAUUACUAUUUGUCUUUGAGCAAACAUUUGGUGAAAGACCAUCAGGAAUUGCAGAAUUUCGAAAAGCAAAAUAUAAAAAUAUUACAGACCAAGGGGGAGCUGAGCCAGGAGAGGAAGGAGAAGCAGGAAGCCAUGCAGAAUUUUUAUGAUAAAUUGCUGACGAACACUCAGAGUUUUGCCGAAGCUUUGGAUGAGGACAUGCCUAUUUUAAAGGUGCACACUUUGCCAAAAACUGAAGAGAAUAUGAUAGUGACUGGUCUAGGGGCCGACUUUGAUGAAACCAGCUCAAAUAUAGAACACAUCUGGUGCGACAUAGAAACCCAAAAGUUUUACUGCGACUUACCCGAACUGACAGUUUACUUACCGACUUCUUACUUAAAAAACCAACCGCCAGCCCCAGCAGAGUCUGUCACAGAAGAGGUGCUGGACUCUGACUUACCUGCCGAGGACACUGAAGAAGACAGUAAGUCCGAAGAAACCCCCGUGCCAGAAGAAGACUCUGAGGACCAGUCUUCAACAAACGCCAGCAAUAAAAUCGUUUUGGAAGCGUUUUUAAACAACCUCCCUAACUGCGUGAACAGGGAAAUGAUUGACAAUGCCGCCAUAGAUUUCUUAGUAACUUUAAACAUUAAGCACAACAGAAAAAAGCUCGUUAAAGCCUUAUUUGGGGUCAAUAGAACAAGGUUGGAUUUGUUGCCUUUUUACGCUCGUUUCGUCGCAAUUCUUUAUCCCGCCAUACCGGAGGUGGCCAACGAUCUCUGCCAAAUGCUCCGGCAAGAUUUCAAGUAUCACGUGAAGAAAAAAGACCAAAUUAACAUCGAGAGUAAGAUUAAAGUGGUCAGGUUCAUUGGGGAGCUGGUCAAGUUCAAAUUGUACUCAAAAAUUGAGGCUCUUUAUUGUUUGAAGGUGCUAUUGCACGAUUUUUCGCACCAUCACAUCGAAAUGGCUUGCAACUUGCUGGAGGUCUGCGGGAGGUUCUUGUAUUGCGGUCCAGAUUCCCAUCAGAGGACCAAAGUUUACCUGGAACAGAUGAUGAGGAUUAAAACUGCCAUGACUCUGGAUUCCAGAUACGUCACUCAGAUUGAAAACGCUUACUACUACGUGAAUCCCCCGGAGGUGGUAACCGUUGCGAAAAAGGAGCGUCCCAUCAUCCACCAAUUCAUCCGAAAACUCCUUUACCAAGACCUCCACAAAAACAAUACGGACAAAAUCAUGCGUUUGAUCAGGAAACUCGACUGGGCCAACGAGGAAAUCGCCUCGUACGCCAUCAAAUGUCUAGGGGGCGCUCAUAACGUUAAAUAUUUUAAUAUCAGAUGUUUGGCCAGUUUACUGUCGGGGCUGGUGUGCUACCAGGAGGAGGUGGGCACCAAAGUGGUCGACGGGGUGUUGGAGGACAUCAGGCUGGGGAUGGAGGUCAACUUGCCCAAGUUUAACCAGCGCAGGGUGGCCCAGAUUAAAUAUCUGGGCGAGUUGUACAAUUAUCGGAUGGUCGAGAGCGCCGAUGUGUUCAAGGUCUUAUACUCCCUAAUUUCCUUCGGGGUGUCCAUGGACCCCAACGAGCCCUCCUUACUGGACCCCCCGAACCACUUAUUCAGAAUCAGGCUGGCCUGCGUCCUAUUAGAGACCUGCGGGACGUACUUCAGCAGCGGCAGCAGUAAAAAGAAACUCGACUACUACCUGAUAUUCUUCCAAAUGUACUACUGGCACAAACGCGUGCUCUGGAAAGACUCGUUUCCGCCCACUCUGGACCACAUCGUCAAAGAAACUCUGUCGAACUUACGCCCCAAACUGAAACUAUGCCAGAGCUACGAGGAAACUCAGGCGGAAGUCAAUAACAUCCGGUCUUCUCUGGGUAUCGAGAAACUGAUCGGGGAAAACUUACAGAAACCGGACGAAGACGGUCUGGAUACGAUCGCGGAAACCGAUAACGAGGACGAGGUGUCCGAAGGGGCGACCGGGGUGACCGACGACACCGCAACCGAAGACGAUCACACCCAGGGGGAGUCUGAGGAUGACCGUGGGGGCGGCGAGACCGAAACCAGCGAGGCGGCCGACGUUUCGGAAUCGUUGGCCAUCCCCAAGGGGCCGAAAAGGGUCGAAUGUCCCGAGGACGAGGAUUUCUUGAGUGCUCUGGAUAAAAUGGUCUCGGAGAAUAUCCAGGAACGGAUGAGGGAACCGGUGAAGAGCGGCAACGUUGAUAUUUCCAUACCGGUGGUGAUGAAGAGCAAUGCCAAGAAGAAUUACGACCAGUUGCAGGAACCAAUUGAAAGCGAAAAAGAAAAAAUCGGAUUCGUCCUGAUGGUGCGCAAAGGCAACAAGCAACAGUACAAACAGUUCGAGGCGGAGGUCGAUUCCGAACUGGUCCAGAACCUAAAGGACCAGGAACAGGCUCAAAAAGAGGAAAAGGAGCGAGUGAAGAGGCUCACCUUGAACAUCACGGAGCGUUUUGAGGAGGAGGACUACCAGGAGUCGAUAUCGCAACAGAGCAGGCCCGUGACUCAAAAUUUAAACCGGGAGAGGAAGAAGUACCAGCACCCCAAGGGGGCUCCCGAUGCGGACUUGAUAUUCGGACCGAAAAAAGUCAGAUAAGUCCAAUUUUGGAGUCGGUUAAAGUGGAUUUUUUUUUGUUGAGGAAACUGAGAGUUCGGAAGUCGUUUUUGAGGUUAUUUGUCUGUAAAGGCGAAAGGAGAGAAGGUGAAUUAAAAGCUUUAUUAGAGGAAGUAAACGAAAGGCUCUUUUAGUGGACUUAAUUGGUUGUAAAAAUAAAAAAAAAAUGGUUUUAUUGAAAAAUUUGUUUUUUCUUUUAGUUUUAAUUGGAUACAUUGUUUAAUAAAUUUCCUUCUAAGGCUCA